AUGGAUGCCGCCGUCAAGCGUUUCUUUUCUUCUCCCCGCUUUGCGGUUGCCGGGGCCAGCAAUGAUCCCAGGAAAUUCGGGUAUAAGAUCCUGGCUUGGUAUCACCAGCAUUCUCUGCCCGUGACCCCCAUCAAUCCCCGGGGCGUGCAGAUAUCCUUCACGUCGAAAACCUACGACUCCGUUCCCUCUCCCAAGUCGCUCCCCUCACCAUCACAGACAUCGCUGUCCCUGGUGACGCCGCCAGCGGUGUCGCUGCAGAUCCUCGAAGAGGCUCACGUGCUCGGCGUCCCCGCAGUGUGGCUGCAACCGGGAACCUUCGAUGAUGCAGUGCUUGAUUAUGCUCGGAAGAAUUUUGACAGCGUGAUUGCAGGGGAUGGGGGGCGAGGCAGUGAAGGCUGGUGCGUGCUGGUCGAUGGCGAAGAAGGUUUGCAGGCGGCGGGGGUGGAAUGGACGAGCCAGAGACUGUAG